CUGCGCGGCGGGGCGAUGAGCGGCGCCCGGGCCCCGGGCCCCGAGGCCGGCGCCGCCGGGGCCGAAGCCCCCGGCGCGGCGCUGAGCGUGGACGUGGCGGGGCUGCUGGUGCAGCUGGCGCGCAGCUUCGCGCUGCUGCUGCCGGUGUACGCGCUGGGCUACCUGGGCCUGAGCUUCAGCUGGGUGCUGCUGGCGCUCGGGCUGCUCGUGUGGUGCCGCAGGAGCCGCGGCCUCAAGGCCACCCGUCUGUGCCGCGCGCUGGCGCUGCUGGAGGACGAGGAGCGCGCCGUGCGCCUGGGGGUGCGCGCCUGCGACCUGCCGGCCUGGGUUCAUUUUCCAGACACUGAAAGAGCAGAAUGGCUAAAUAAGACUGUAAAACACAUGUGGCCUUUCAUUUGCCAAUUUAUAGAGAAGUUAUUUCGAGAAACCAUAGAGCCGGCUGUGCGGGGAGCACACACCCACCUCAGCACCUUCAGCUUCACGAGGGUUGACGUGGGGCAGCAGCCCCUCAGGAUCAAUGGUGUUAAGGUGUAUACUGAAAAUGUGGACAAAAGGCAAAUUAUUUUGGACCUUCAGAUUAGUUUUGUAGGAAAUUGUGAGAUUGAUUUGGAGAUCAAGCGAUAUUUUUGUAGAGCUGGUGUGCAAAGUAUACAGAUUCAUGGUACAAUGCGGGUGAUCCUGGAACCACUGAUUGGAGACAUGCCCUUAGUGGGAGCUUUGUCUAUCUUCUUCCUUAGGAAGCCACUUUUAGAAAUUAAUUGGACAGGACUGACUAAUCUUCUCGAUAUCCCCGGAUUGAAUGGUUUGUCAGAUACUAUCAUUUUGGACAUAAUAUCAAACUACCUGGUGCUUCCCAACCGAAUCACAGUUCCUCUUGUCAGCGAAGUUCAAAUAGCACAGUUGCGGUUUCCUAUACCAAAGGGUGUCCUGAGGAUACACUUUAUUGAAGCUCAGGAUCUUCAGGGAAAAGACACUUACCUUAAGGGACUUAUCAAGGGGAAGUCAGACCCCUAUGGAGUGAUUCGAGUUGGCAACCAAAUCUUCCAAAGCAAGGUCAUCAAGGAGAACCUCAGUCCAAAGUGGAACGAGGUGUACGAGGCUCUGGUCUACGAACAUCCCGGACAAGAAUUAGAGAUCGAGCUCUUUGACGAAGACCCAGACAAGGACGACUUCCUCGGAAGUCUUAUGAUUGAUCUUAUUGAAGUUGAAAAGGAGCGCCUUUUAGAUGAAUGGUUCACCCUGGACGAGGUCCUCAGAGGAAAGCUGCACUUGAAACUGGAGUGGCUCACGCUCAUGCCAGACGCUUCAAACCUCGAGAAGGUGCUGACAGACAUCAGAGCUGACAAAGAUCAAGCCAAUGACGGGCUGUCUUCCUCGCUGCUCGUCUUGUACUUGGACUCAGCCAGGAACCUCCCGAGUAUCUACGAGGGAAACUUUGGGUGUGGCUACUUAAAAGAGAGGCGAGCGUCGGGACUAGUGUUUUGUGAAAAUACUGCCUCAGUCUGUAGAGCACUAUUUUCAGGGAAGAAAAUAAACAGCAACCCAAAUCCUCUUGUCCAAAUGUCAGUUGGUCACAAGGCCCAGGAGAGCAAGAUUCGGUACAAAACCAAUGAACCUGUGUGGGAGGAAAACUUCACUUUCUUCGUUCACAAUCCCAAGCGCCAGGAGCUCGAGGUGGAGGUGAAAGAUGAGCAGCACCAGUGUUGCCUGGGGAACCUGAGGAUCCCUCUCAGCCAGCUGCUCGCCUGCGAGGACAUGACCCUGAACCAGCGGUUCCAGCUCAGUAACUCAGGCCCCAACAGCUCACUGAAGAUGAAGCUCGCCCUCAGGGUACUCCACCUUGAAAAGCAAGAAAGGUCUCCAGACCACCAGCACUCAGCUCAAGUAAAGCGACCCUCUGUUUCCAAGGAAGGGAGAAAAAUAUCUGUCAGAUCUCAGAUGUCUGCAUCGCCAGGCACUGCUGACAGCAGCACAGCCCCAUCCACGCCGGUCAUGGGGGGCUGCGAUAAUAAGCCAGGUGUGGAAGAGAGAGCCCAACCCGCAGAGGCCAGCCCGCAGGGUCCGCGGGACCUGGGCAGAAGCUCCUCCAGCCUCCAGGCCGGCAGCACCGGCUCCCCCAGCCACGUCUCCGUCAAGGAGCCCACCCCAAGCAUCGCCUCAGACAUCUCGCUGCCCGUCGCCACACAGGAGCUGCGACAGAGGCUGCGGCAGCUUGAGAAUGGGACGACCCUGGGACAGUCCCCGCUGGGCCAGAUCCAGCUGACCGUCCGGCACAGCUCGCAGAGGAACAAGCUGGUGGUGGUCGUGCACUCCUGCAGAAAUCUCAUUGCCUUCUCUGAAGACGGCUCUGAUCCCUACGUCCGCCUGUAUUUGUUACCAGACAAGAGGAGGUCAGGAAGGAGAAAAACACACGUGUCAAAGAAAACGCUGAACCCCGUGUUUGAUCAGAGCUUUGAUUUCAGUGUCUCGUUGCCGGACGUGCAGAGGAGAACCUUGGACGUGGCCGUGAAGAACAGCGGUGGCUUCCUGUCCAAAGACAAAGGGCUUCUCGGCAAAGUCCUGGUCGGUCUGGCAUCUGAAGAACUCGCCAAAGGCUGGACCCAGUGGUACGACCUCACGGAGGAUGGGACGAGGCCCCACGUGGUGACGUAGGCUGUGCUGGCCGAGGAGCCCCCGCUGUAUCCGCCAGCCCCGUGCCGACACGCAGCCCCCACAGACGCACCCAUGCUCUUUUUAUAAUUUCAUGUACUUGGUUACUUGUCCCUUAGUGGUUUUAUAAAACAUUGACGUUUUAGGCAUAUUUGGCCAUUAUUAGCAUUAAGUUUUGUAUGUUUAAUUUCCUCUAGUAUUUGACCAGUUUUUUCGGCGUGCAUAGGAUAGUGGUCAACCGUUGUGUGCAUAAAGCUGUAUGUCAGUUGUCUCUCCUAGGAAGCCGAUAUAUGGUUGUGCUUUUUUAUUGCUUUCUUUUGUAUAUCACUGAGGUGCACUAUGCUGUGUAAAUAGACUAUUUUUUAUAAUCUCUACAUGCUGGUUUGAAUUCAGAAGAAAAUGGAUCAAGGAAAUAUAUAUUUUUUUUCUUCUAAAACCUAUUAAAUUCUUAUGACAAAUAACCGUUUUUGUCUCUGCAGGAAAAAGCUCUCAGUGACCUAUUUUUUGGUGUUUCUUUUUAAAAAGAAAAGCUGAAAGAUUAGUAAAUAUUAGUAUAUUUCUGCCCAUUAUGAAUGAUGAAAGAAUGUAUUCAAAGUAUUUACACUUUCAUAAAUAUAAAGAUGUAUUAUUGAGAAGUCAGUUGAAGUGCUUAUCAGGAAAAAUGUCACAUAACUGAGUUAUAUAAAAUAUUAAGAGAGUUGUCAUGGUUCAUAAAUCAUAGUGCACUAAUCUGAAAUUUCUUACAUAAAAUGGAAUGUCUUAAGUUUAUUUCUAGUUGCUUGUUGUAACUUAUUCAUGAAACAGUGCAGAUACAUAAUCAUACUUUUCCUGAAAUGUAAUACAGACGGAUUUUAAAUGUUAGCAGUUAGUCUGUUGUGAAAUUUACAGUGUUUUUCAGCCCGAAAAGAAAGACAAACUCACGUUGUCCCCGUAGAGGCUGUGAGGUAGGUCGGGGUGAGUAGCUAGGAAGUCGCGGCGGGAGCCGACGCCGGCCCGUGAUCAUCAGCGUGACGCACACAGAAGACAGAGCCCCCGAGCCGGCGCCAGCCACCACCGCAGCCCCGGGGUUCCGGCACAGCGGCUGCUGGUUGUAAGGAACCCCUUACUGGGUUUCCUCACUUUAUGCCAUGACUGACCUCAGUAUUGGAAUAUUGUUAUACAACUUUUAUUUGGGAAUAUUUUUCUUCUUAGAUUAUGAAAAGCAUGUUUUAGAUACUUAAAGGCCGCAAGCCUCUUACAAGGUGAGGCUCCAUAGCCGUGCGGCAGCUGUGCAUGCCCCAAGCACAGGGUGCACGUGUGCAGAAAGAGCUUUAAGGAUUCUGAGACGUGUGGUGCAAAUGACUUCCUUAGCCAGAGGGCACCCUACAGCUACGUAGUAAUCCCGGGGAAAACAGAGCUGUGAGAUUGAGUCAGGGACCUCACUAGGGCCCCCGCCAUGGACUCCUGGGCGUGACCGGCCUGCCCAAGUGCCUGUGUGGACGCCACCGCUGCUCCUGCCCUCUGGCGGGUUUCAGUGGUGUCCACCGCACACCUUGAACCCUGGGUGUGCGUGUGAUGGGGCCUGUAGCCUUGCGGUACGUCUCAUGCAGUCGUGCAGACCCGGUGCUCUCGCAGCUUCCUGGGUCAUGAAGCUUCUCCGAAGCCCCAGCAGAGACCAUCUCCUCUGUCAGCGCGGGAGGGCCUUACGAACGUGGUGACACUCAGGGGUGUGUGCUCGGGAAACAUCUAACUCUGGUACUGCAGCAGCGUGAGGAAGACAGGUAAUUCCUAAAUCUAAUUGCCUGCCCGUGAUACUAGAUCUUUGGAGAUUUUUUAAAAAUUAGGUUUGUUGUGGGAAUUCCCUGGUGGUCCAGUGGUUAGGACUCGACGCUCUCACUGCCAGGGGCCCGGGUUCGAUCCCUGGCUGGGGAACUAAGAUCCCACAAACCACGUGGUGCAGCCAAAAAAAAAAAAAAAGUUUGUUGCAGGGCUUCUGGCAGUGGUCCCCAGCCUUUUCGGCACCAGGGACCGGUUUCGUGGAAGACAGUUUUUCCAUGGACUGGGGGUGGGGUGGGGGAAGAUGGCUCGGGCGGUAAUGCCAGCGAUGGGGAGCGACGGGGAGCGGCAGGUGAAGCUUCGCUCGCUCGCUCGCCCGCCGCUCGCCUCCUGCUGUGAGGCCAGGCUCCUAACCGGUCCUCCUCCCCGGGGUUGGGGACCCCUGGCUCCUUGCAUAUUUCUAAGACAGGAGAAACACUCACUGAAAUGUAGCAUACCAGUGAUUUCUACCAACAUCCCCAGCUUUUGGGUUUUGUAGCCACGUGGUUCACCUGUUCAAUGUGUAUUUUACGUGGUGGAAUACUUCAGUUAAGCAAUUAGGCAAAAUAAAUGCCGUGAAAGGUACAAAACCCAAACAAAGCCAAUUAGCAGCAUGAUGCCCACCCUCUGUGUGGAUCGUGGGGCUGGACACAGACCCAGCAAACAGCUCCAUUCUCUUGGAAAGGAAAGCGAUGACUCUGAGGUCACUGAAACACCUCCCAGGUAGGAUUCUGUCUUGAUGGCCGAUGGGUGUUUUGGGAACCUCUUGUGUCCAGUUGGGCAGCUGAGAAUCAGUAUCAGGCCAGACCUCCGCCGGGCUCCAGGAUCCUGGCGAUGGACACUCCGUUCUCAAAACCUUCAUGGCCGGUGGUUCUGAAUAAUUGAUUCAUCUGGGAAAAGGGAACUUUAGCUUUUCUACCUGGAGCCAAACCAAUGGAGGGGAAAUUAGCGUUGGUUAAUUUGAAUUGUUACUUUGUUGCUUAUCCUGUGCCUUAAAGUAGGAAGUGUGAGGCAGUUGCUUCAGGUUAAAACAGAAGGAGCCUUGCAGCUGAGUUCACCACAGUUUCUUCCUCAUCCAGAGGUCAGCCCUCCUUUGUCAAGCACUGAAGCCAGAUGCAGUCAGCGUGUGUGUUUAUAUUGUGGUUGUUGCUUUAACUCCAGUCCAGCUGGAUGGCCUGCUGUGGAUGGAACACAGCAGAAGGUUUAUUGUAGAAUGCCCUUUCCACUCAGCUAAUUUUACACGACAGUGCAUGUGUUUAUUCAAUAAAACGUUUCUGUUAGCUCA